GGGGCGGCGGCGCGGACGGUCUGGGUCCCUCCCAGGCGGGAGCGGCCCAGGCGGUGCCCCAGCGGCCGCGGAGCCAUGGACGGCAGCUGGCCCUUCAGCUGCCCCAUCUGCUUGGAGCCGCUCCGGGAGCCAGUGACGCUGCCCUGCGGCCACAACUUCUGUCUCGCCUGCCUGAGCGCGCUCUGGCCGCACCGCGGCGCGGGGGGCGCCGGGGGGCCGGGAGGCACGGCCCGCUGCCCGCUGUGCCAGGAGCCUUUCCCCGACGGCCUGCAGCUCCGCAAGAACCACACGCUGUCCGAGCUGCUGCAGCUCCGUCAGGGCUCGGGCCCGGGGCCCGGCCCAGGCCCGGCGCCGACCCUGGCCGCAGCCCUGGCGCCCGAGCCGGCGGCGCCCAGCGCGCCGCCCAGCUCGCCGCCCAGCGCUCCGGAGCCAUCGGCGCCCAGCGCGCCCGAGCCGUGGCCGGAGGGCGAAGAGCCGGUGCGCUGCGACGCGUGCCCCGAGGGUGCCGCCCUGCCCGCCGCGCUCUCCUGCCUCUCCUGCCUCGCCUCCUUCUGUCCCGCACAUCUGGGCCCGCACGAGCGCAGCCCCGCGCUGCGCGGACAUCGCCUGGUGCCGCCGCUGCGCCGGCUGGAGGAGAGCCUGUGCCCGCGCCACCUGCGGCCGCUGGAGCGCUACUGCCGCGCGGAACGCGUGUGCCUUUGCGAGACCUGCGCCGCCCAGGAGCACCGAGGCCACGAGCUUGUGCCGCUGGAGCAGGAGCGCGCGCUCCAGGAGGCUGAGCAGCCCAAAGUCCUGAGCGCCGUGGAGGACCGCAUGGAUGAGCUGGGCGCCGGCAUUGCACAGUCCCGGCGCACCGUGGCCCUCAUCAAGAGCGCAGCCGUGGCAGAGCGAGAAAGGGUGAGCCGGCUGUUUGCCGAGGCCGCGGCCGUCCUGCAGAGGUUCCAGACAGAGGUGCUGGGCUUCAUCGACGAGGGGGAGGCCACCAUGCUGGGCCAUUCCCAGGGCGACCUGCGGCGCCAGGAGGACCAGCGCAGCCGUCUCAGCCAGGCCCGCCACAACCUCAGUCGGGUCCCCGAGGCCGACUCGGUCAGCUUCCUGCAGGAGCUCCUGGCACUCAGGCUGGCCUUGGAGGAGGGGUGCGGCCCUGGGCCCACUCCCCCGAGGGAGCUCAGCUUCACCAAGUCAUCCCAGGCCGUCCGGAAGGUGCGAGAUGUGCUGGCUUCGGCCUGCACCAGCCAGUGGGAGCAGCUGCAGGGGCUGGGCAGUGACGAGGACGGGCUGCAGAAGCCAGGCACGGAAGCCGAGACUGAGACCCAGGACCCCGACAGCACCAACAGCCUGGAGAGUGAGGCCCCCAGGGAUUACUUCCUCAAGUUUGCCUACAUCGUGGACCUGGACAGCGACACGGCUGACAAGUUCCUGCAGCUGUUUGGAACCAAAGGUGUGAAAAGGGUGCUAUGUCCCAUCAACUACCCUGAGUCACCCACCCGCUUCACCCACUGCGAGCAGGUGCUGGGCGAGGGCGCCCUGGACCGGGGCACCUACUACUGGGAGGUGGAGAUCAUUGAAGGCUGGGUCAGCGUGGGGGUCAUGGCCGAGGACUUCUCCCCCCUGGAGCCCUACGACCGGGGCCGGCUCGGCCGCAAUGCCCACUCCUGCUGCCUGCAGUGGAACGGACGCAGCUUCUCCGUCUGGUUCCACGGGCUGGAGGCGGCCCUGCCCCACCCUUUCUCGCCCACCGUCGGGAUCUGCCUGGAAUAUGCCGACCGAGCCCUGGCCUUCUACGCCGUGCAGGACGGCAAGAUGAGCCUUCUGCGGAGGCUGAAGGCCUCCCGGGCCCGCCGGACUGGCACCCCGGCCUCCCCCGUUGACCCCUUCCAGAGCCGCCUGGACAGCCACUUUGCCGGGCUCUUCACACGCAGGCUCAAGCCCGCCUUCUUCCUGGAGAGUGUGGACGCCCAUCUGCAGAUCGGGCCCCUCAAGAAGUCCUGCAUAUCUGUGCUGAAGAGGAGGUGAUGCUGGGGGCCGGGGACCUCCUCCUGCUGCUGUCCCAGCUCCUGGGACGCUUGCUUCUCUGCAUCCCUGUUUUGCUCCGGGGGAGUCACCAGCCCUGGAGUCCCACUCAUUCCCCACCUGCCAUGUACACGGCUUUCCGCCUUCAGGGAGGAGGCUCCUGGGACUCUGUCCCCCUGCAGGCCUUGUUUCUGGGAGAAAGAGCCGCAGCUUGGACAGUGCCAGGCCACCCCAGCCCCUGCUCUCCCAGGUUCCUGGGACAGUGCCUGGCACAUAGUAGGUGCACAAUAAACAUUUGUGG